AUGGCGAUUCGAGGGUACGAGUGGUCGCGGUUCUCGGUGAGCGGCGAGCUGUGCCUCCGCGAGCCGCGCUACUUCUGUUCCGGGCGCACAGGGAGAAGUCAGGCGUUGCUGCUGGGAGCGCGGCGCAGCUCUGAGCAGCGGCUGCUUCGUGUCCCCGCCGCAUCACAUCACGGCGGAGCUGGGUGUUCUUGGCGUCGGUCGCAUCCCUGGAUGGAGAGAAAGCUCUCCAUGUCCGAGAUGCCGCAGUCCCUCCCGGAAAACGAUGGGGAACAAAGGUGUCUGAACUCGGAGCUAUGGCAUGCAUGCGCUGGGCCCCUUGUGUCUCUGCCCGCGGUUGGAAGCCGGGUCAUCUAUUUUCCACAGGGCCAUAGUGAGCAGGUUGCCGCAUCAACUAAUAAGGAGGUUGAUGCUCAAAUCCCUAAUUAUCCAAAUCUCCCCCCUCAGUUGAUCUGCCAGCUUCAUAAUGUCACCAUGCAUGCUGAUGCAGAGACUGAUGAAGUUUAUGCCCAAAUGACACUGCAGCCCUUGAGCCCGGAAGAGCAAAAGGAGCCUUUUCUUCCAAUCGAGUUAGGUGCUGCUAGCAAGCAGCCGACUAAUUACUUCUGCAAGACUUUGACUGCAAGUGAUACAAGUACACAUGGCGGAUUUUCUGUUCCUCGCCGUUCUGCUGAGAAAGUCUUCCCUCCAUUGGAUUUUUCUCUGCAGCCUCCAUGCCAGGAGCUCAUUGCAAAAGAUCUGCAUGAUAAUGAAUGGAAAUUUCGCCACAUAUUCCGUGGUCAGCCGAAAAGGCAUCUCCUGACUACAGGUUGGAGUGUCUUUGUAAGUGCAAAGCGACUAGUAGCAGGGGAUUCUGUUAUUUUCAUCUGGAAUGAUAAUAACCAACUUCUCUUGGGGAUUCGUCAUGCAAAUCGUCCUCAGACAAUUAUGCCGUCUUCUGUGCUGUCAAGCGACAGCAUGCAUAUAGGUCUUCUUGCAGCAGCAGCUCAUGCUGCGGCCACAAACAGCCGUUUCACUAUUUUCUAUAACCCCCGGGCUAGCCCUUCUGAGUUCAUCAUCCCACUGGCUAAGUAUGUCAAAUCUGUUUACCACACACGUGUGUCUGUUGGAAUGCGGUUUAGAAUGCUUUUUGAGACAGAGGAGUCAAGUGUCAGACGAUACAUGGGUACAAUCACAACCAUAAGUGAUCUUGACUCUGUGCGUUGGCCAAAUUCACAUUGGCGUUCUGUGAAGGUUGGUUGGGACGAGUCUACCGCUGGUGAGAAACAACCUAGAGUGUCACUCUGGGAGAUUGAGCCAUUGACAACCUUUCCUAUGUAUCCAACUGCUUUUCCUUUAAGGCUGAAGCGUCCAUGGGCUUCAGGGCUGCCUUCUAUGCAUGGCAUGUUCAAUGGUGUCAAGAAUGAUGAUUUUGCUCGUUAUUCUUCUCUCAUGUGGCUCGGAGAUGGGGAUAGAGGGGCUCAGUCGUUGAACUUCCAGGGAGUUGGAGCGUCACCUUGGCUUCAGCCAAGAAUAGAUUCUCCGUUGCUGGGUCUUAAGCCAGACACAUACCAGCAAAUGGCUGCAGCAGCACUGGAAGAAAUUAGGACCGGGGAUCCUUCGAAACAGUCCUCAGCUCUCUUGCAAUUCCAACAGACUCAGAAUCCGAACGGUGGGUUGAAUUCUGUGUAUGCCAAUCAUGUUCUGCAGCAGAUGCAGUACCAGGCUCAGCAGUCGUCUCUGCAGACUGUUCAGCACGGCCAUAGUCAGUACAGUGGUAAUCCUGGGUUUCUUCAAAGCCAGUUUCAGCAGCUGCAUUUGCAUAAUCCUCCGGCACCGCCGCAGCAAGGGUAUCAGGUUAUACAACAAUCUCACCAGGAGAUGCAACAGCAGCUUUCAUCUGGUUGUCGUCGUAUUUCCGAUGUAGAUUCUAGCAUGCCUGGUUCUGAGUCUGCUUCGCAGUCACAAUCUUCAUUCUACCAGCAGAAUCUCUUAGAAGGAAACAAUGAUCCAUCGUUGCAUCUGCACAAUGGUUUUCGUAACUUCUCUAGCCAAGAUUCCUCAAACCUUGUUAGUUUGCCUCGAACUGACCAAUUAAUGGCGCCGGAGGGAUGGCCUUCAAAGAGGUUGGCUGUGGAACCCCUUGGUCAUAUUGAAUCUCGGUCUAUGCAACCCAAACAUGAGAACAUAAAUCACCAGAGUAAUAUGUCCCACUUUGCUGGCACCUUGGCGCCACAGUCAGCAAGAGACUCAUCCAGUGUCCAGGCUUAUGGUGCAAAUGCUGACAACCAGUUUCUGUCAUCAACAUUUGCAUUCCAGGACGGAAUGGCAGGUGCAAGGGGUGGCAGCAGCAGCGGAACUGUUUCUAUGGCCAUACCUUUGUUGAGGUAUAGUGGCGAAGAUUUGCCACCCGCGGACACCUUAGCAACUUCCAGUUGUUUAGGCGAAUCGGGAACCUUCAACUCUCUUGAUAAUAUGUGUGGUGUAAACCCAUCACAAGAUGGAACCUUUGUGAAGGUUUACAAAUCAGGGUCCCCUGGAAGAUCGCUCGACAUCACCAAAUUCAGCAGCUACUACGAGUUACGUAGUGAGCUGGAGCAUCUAUUUGGCCUCGAAGGCCAACUGGAGGACCCCGUAAGAUCAGGCUGGCAGCUUGUAUUCGUCGACCGAGAAAAUGAUAUUCUUCUCGUCGGCGACGACCCAUGGCAGGAGUUUGUGAAUAGCGUAGGGUGCAUCAAGAUACUCUCGCAGCAGGAGGUGCAGCAGAUGGUCCGCGGCGGCGAGGGCCUUGUGUCUUCUGCACCUGGAGCGAGGAUGGCGCAGGGCAACGUCUGCGACGGUUAUUCUGGGGGCCACGACCUGCAGAAUCUCACCGGCAACAUGGCCUCCGUACCGCCGCUGGACUACUGA